AUGUUAUCCAAGAGGCUACCGAUCAACUUGCACGUGAAUGGGUAAGUGAAUGAAAGUGUUGACUUGGAGAGGGAAGCUAAAGAUCAGCAGGGAACUGUAGGCUGCAAGCAAAAGCUCGGGCCAACUUUGGCUCUUCAACCGCCGCUCGCUGACAUUGAUGGACACUUGAUCAACUAACCGCCAACUUCUUCCCUUCAACAUGCUCGCAUUGGCCGUAUCUGCUGAACUCGAAGGGUAAUGCUGUCACCGAGGACAUUAUGACGAGAGACUGAUGUUGUCGUAGUGUUACCGAUCUUCAACCCGAGGACACCCAGGAGAAUCCAUUCUACUACACCUUCAAGGUCCAAUGCACAUCAUGUCGAGAGACUCACCCCAACUUUGUCUCCGUGAGCCGUUUUGUACGUCUUGCUGUCAUUUCAGGUAUCCUUUUGGCCUAACAAGAUCAUCCAGGAGCAAAACGAGCAGUCCGGCAGCCGUGGCGAGGCCAACUUUGUCUGGAGAUGUAAGAAUUGUAAGGUCUGCUCACCCCAGAUACAUGGAAGAAGGAGCCUCGACUGAUACAUUGAUCAGAGGGAGCACUCCGCCAACAUCAUCGACAGUCCGAAGGCAUACCCACAGCAAAGCCCUCCAAAGCUUCAGAACAUCAUCACCAUUGACUGCAGAGGCCUGGAAUUUACCGAGUUCAAGCCAGACGUGAGUCACAGACGGAUCAAUUUCAAAAUUACUGGUAUUGAUACCAUGUAGGGCGAGUGGAAAGCUACCGGUGUAGAUUCUGGCACCAAGUUCAACGGCAUCGAUCUCACCGAAGGCGACUGGUUUGACUACGAUGAAAAGGCCAGCGAGGAGGUCAGCAUCACGGACAUCAAAUGGGAGAUUCGGAGAGCGUAA